AUGCAAACAUCUGGGGAAACUAGACCAGUCACUCUCAGGGGUCAGCUGGACCACUCCGCUGUCAAACCUGGGAGAAACAGUGAGAUAACUUCAGUCAGUCAGAAAUUCAUAGUGGUGCAUCUGGAAACCCGAGACUUCCCUCGCUGUAAUCGCUUCGCAGAAAAGUAUGAAACAAGUCAGCACGAAAUAGAAAAUUCUGGGGCCACACUUGAAAUGGAGACGGAACUGACGAGGGCAAGCAGCCAAACGAAGCUGGAGGGAGAGGCCUUGGCAAAGUUCAGAGUGGCCAAUGAGCCCUCCUCGCGUCUGUCUUGGAUCUCCACCACUCCACUGAGGUUCUCCCACAUUGGAGAGCCGCAACCGCAGGUGAGCUUACGAGACCUGGAGCAGCUGAUGAAACUACGGAGCUUGGAAGCGCUGGAGAGACUGGAGGGGCACUUCGGAGACGUGUCGGGGCUGUGUCUGCAGCUGCAGACGGACCCCGAGCUCGGACUCCCCUUAGAUCCCGGCGAGCUAAACCGCAGGCGGGAGCAGUUUGGCACCAAUGAGGUGCCCAAGCCCCGGAGCAGAUAUUUCUUGGAGCUGGUGUGGGACGCUCUGCAGAACACUACUCUAAUCUUUCUGGAGGUGGCAGCUGUCCUGUCGCUGGCCCUGGCCUUCUAUGAGCCCAAGGUCAGCGGAGACACCAAAGGCUGCUAUGUCGGCGGGAUCUCCCCGGAGGAAGAGGAUAACAAGGUGGUGCGCUGGCUGGAAGGCGCAGUCCUGCUGAUGUCGGUGGCCUUGGUAGUGCUCAUCACAGCCUUACACGACUGGAACAAGGAGAAGCAGUUCAGGAAUCUGGAGGAGCGAGUGAGCCUGAGUCAGAAGGGCAAAGUGAUGAGGAAUGGCCAGAUCCUGGAGGUCCCCGUCAAGGACAUUGUGGUGGGUGACGUGGUCCCCGUGUCCUAUGGGGACAUGCUGCCUGCGGACGGUGUGCUACUCCAGGCGCAGAACUUAAAAAUGAAUGAGAGCUCCUUGACUGGAGAGUUGAAUAUGGUGAGGAAGUCCCUGGAUCUUGACCCGAUUCUUCUGUCUGGGACCUAUGUGAUGGAGGGCUGGGGCAAAAUCCUAGUGACUGCUGUAGGGCCCAACUCACAAAUUGGGAUCAUCCUGACGUUGCUGGCUGCCAAUGCCCAGGAAGGCAGGCCGGAAGAGCAGAGAAAGGUUCCGGAGUGGGCCAUUCACGGCAAGAGCAUAAUAAAACCAAAACAUUACUCUUCCAAAGCAAAGUCCGUGCUGCAAAAGAAACUGACAAAAUUAGCCAUUCUGCUCGGGAAGUGUGGAAUGCUCAUGGCCACUGUCACAGUAAUUACUCUCGUGACCUAUUUUGUGAUUAACACUUUUGUGAUUGAGAGGCAAAAAUGGACUUAUGGUUGUACUUCGGUUUAUAUCCAAUACUUUAUUAAAUUUUUCAUUAUCGGAAUAACAAUUUUGGUGGUGACUGUCCCUGAAAGUCUUCCACUUGCAGUUACACUAUCUUUGGCUUACGCAGUAAAGAAAAUGAUGAAAGACAAAAAUCUGGUAAGGCAUUUGGAUGCUUGUGAGACAAUUGGAAAUGUCACAACCAUUUGCUUAGACAAAACUGGAACACUGACCAUGAACAGAAUGACUGUGGUCCAGGCUUAUAUUGGGGAGAAUCAUUACCAAGAGCUCCCCAAAAGCAAUUCCAUCUCGGAGCCUAUUCUGGGGUACCUUUUAAAAGGUAUCACUGUUAAUUGUUCUUAUACUUCCAAGGUCAUUUUCCCCAAAGAUGGUAAGAAGUUGGUACAACAAAUUGGCAAUAAGACUGAAUGUGCUUUAUUGGGAUUUCUUCUGCAUUUGGAAUUGGAUUAUGAGGCAGAAAGAAACAAAAUACCACAGCAGAAUUUGUAUAAAGUGUAUACCUUCAAUUCAGAUAGAAAAUCCAUGAGUACUGUAUUAAAAUUGCCCAAUGGGGGUUUCCAGAUGUUCAGUAAAGGUCCUUCAGAAACAGUAUUAGAUAAGUGUUGUAAAAUCCUGAACAAAAUGGGAAAGCCUGUGGAACUGACAGAAACCAAAAAAAGAGAAAUUGUUCAAAAUGUCAUCGAGCCGAUGAGUUCUGAAGGACUUCAGAUCAUUUGUUUGGCCUUCAGAGAAUUCUCAGAUCAAGAAAAAGAACCAGACUGGGAAAUUGAAGAGAAUAUCAUCACAAAACUUACUUGCAUUGCCGUGGUGGGCAUUGAAGAUCCUGUUAGACCUGAGAUUCCAAGUGCCAUUAGGAAAUGCCAGCAAGCUGGAAUCACUGUCCGAAUGAUCACUGGGGAUAAUCUCAAUACUGCACGGGCUGUGGCAUUGAAAUGUGGCAUUUUGAACCUCCGUGACAAUUAUUUAUCCCUAGAAGGUAGAGAGUUCUGGAGGCUAAUACAUGAUAAACACGGGAAGAUAGAACAGAAGCUUUUAGAUAGAAUUUGGCCCAGACUUCGUGUGCUUGCCAGUUCUUCCCCCAUUGAAAAAUAUGCACUUAUAAAAGGCAUAAUUAACAGUGAUGCUUUGGGAGUAAAGCAGGUUGUAGCUGUAACAGGUGAUGGUACUAAUGAUGGCCCAGUGCUAAAAGUAGCAGAUGUUGGGUUUGCCAUGGACAUCAUUGGAACAGAUAUCGCUAGAGAAGCUUCAGAUAUCAUUCUAAUGGAUGACAACUUCACAAGCAUUAUGAAAGCGAUUAUGUGGGGGAGGAACCUUUACGACAACAUCUCCAGGUUCCUCCAAUUUCAGCUGACUGUCAGCGUAGUGUCAACGAUUGUGGUAUUUAUAGGAGCAUGUGUGACACAGGAUUCACCACUUAAUGCAGUACAGAUGCUGUGGAUUAACCUCAUAAUGGAUGCAUUUGCUUCCCUUGCCUUAGCCACUGAAAAACCAACUGAGGCACUUUUGCUAAGACCUUAUGGAAGGAAGGAGUAUCUCCUUUCCAGUUCCAUGGUAAAGUACAUUUUGGGCCAUGCAGCCUACCAGCUUACAGUCACUUUUGUUCUUAUGUUUGUUGGUGAAGAGCUCUUUGGUUUCGAGAGUGGAAGAACAGCUCUUCUCCAUGCUCCUCCUUCCACCCACUAUACGAUGGUAUUCAACACUUUCGUUAUGAUGCAGCUUUUCAAUGAAAUUAAUGCUCGAAAGAUUCAUGGUGAGAGAAAUGUCUUUGAAGGGAUCCUCGGCAAUAAUAUCUUUUGCAUCAUUGUGGGGGGAACAUUCGCCUUACAGUUCUUUAUUGUACAAUUUGGCGGCAAUGUUUUCAGUUGCACCAACCUUAGUCCAGACUUAUGGCUGUGGUGCAUUUUCCUAGGAGCAGGGGUAUUAGUGUGGGGUCAGUUGGUAACCACCAUUCCCAACAAGUGUGUGGAACCCCUUAUAAGGUUUAUGGGUGGAAGAGCAGAAGAAAAGGCUGAUACUGUCUGCCCUAUAGCAUCAAUGACUGAGGAACUAUUAUGGGUUCAGAACCUAAGCAGAAUCCAGAAUCAGAAAAGACUAAUGAAGUCAUAUCAUUCUUGCUUUCACAGGAGUGUGUCCCAAAUUAUCCAGUGACUAUGACAGCCUAUGGCAUGAUAGAGAUUCUUCCUUCCCCCAAAUUUUAUUUAUUUUUAAUACCCUUCUCUAAGUAAAGCUGCAAAUUCACUCCUUCGUCCUUUCUUAGAUAUAAGGUUUUUACAGUGAAUGUGAAGCCCAAGUUAUCUGCAUUGACAGAAACAAAUGAAAUGUCUUAAGAGAUGUUCUUUUGUAAUGGACAAUGGGAACAUGGUCAGAAACAUAUGGAUUGAAUGGAGAGGUAAUGCAAGAAAUAUCUAAGGGAACAACUGAGAGGCACUAUAAUGUUUUCAUUUUUUGCAUUUUCUUUUUUUUUUUUUAAAUAGCCUCAUGGGUAAAGAAUAAAUGUGUGCAUUAAUAUUUGUUGUUAAUCACAAGAUUGGGUUGUAUGUGUUAUAAAGGAUAAAAGCCUGUUGAGAAGGUAUGGAUUCUAACUAUUCCUGUUCAGCUGACAAAAAUUCAGUCAGUAAACUUCAACCUUUA